CAGCAUGCCCGCCGCCUCAGACGCGCCUGCCUCCCGCCGCCGCCGCCGCCGCCGCCGCUGCUGCUGCCCAUGGAGAUCGCGCUGGUGACUCUGGAGAACGGCGGCACCACGGCCAUCGCGGGCGGCGACGAUGCCGCGGCCGCCGGCGGCCGGGCGCGCUGGCGGGGCAACUUGCUGCACCUCGGCGGCUCGCCGCAGCUGAGCGACGGCAAGGAGAGCGCCCCGCCGGCCCCGCCGCCGCCGCCGCCGCCCGCGGGGGACGAGGAGCGGGAGCGGCCCCCGCCGGGUCCCCGCGGAGGAGGGAGCGGCGGCGCGGGCGGCCCCGAGGAGCGGCCGGCGGAGCCCCGCGCAGCCCCCGCGCCGCCGCCGCGGCCGCCGCCCCGCGCCCCGCGCCCCGCCGCGGACAUGGGGCCGCCGGAGGAAGGGGGACACCGCCGGGGCAUGGCCAUGGCGGCGGCGGGCGACGAGGAGGAGGAGGCGGCGGCGGCCAACCCGGGCGCCAUGCACCACCAGCGGGUGCUGAUCAACAUCUCGGGGCUGCGCUUCGAGACGCAGCUGGGCACCCUCAACCAGUUCCCCGACACGCUGCUGGGCGACCCCGACAAGCGCAUUCGCUACUUCGACCCGCUCCGCAACGAGUACUUCUUCGACCGCAACCGGCCCAGCUUCGACGGCAUCCUCUACUUCUACCAGUCCGGCGGCAAGCUCCGCCGGCCCGUCAAUGUCUCCAUCGACGUCUUCGCCGACGAGAUCCGCUUCUACCAGCUGGGUGAGGAGGCAAUGGAGCGCUUCCGGGAGGACGAGGGCUUCAUCAAAGAGGAGGAGAAGCCUCUGCCCCGCAAUGAGUUCCAGCGCCAGGUCUGGCUCAUCUUUGAGUACCCCGAGAGCUCCAGCUCAGCCCGGGCCAUCGCCAUCGUCUCCGUGCUGGUCAUCCUCAUCUCCAUCAUCACCUUCUGCCUGGAGACCCUGCCCGAGUUCAGGGACGAGAGGGAGCUGCCCGUACCCCUGCCCCCACAAGGUGGAGGUCUGAAUGGCACGCCCGGGGACUCCCCACCCAUGCAGUCACCCAGUAGCCUGGCUGACCCCUUCUUCAUCAUCGAGACCACCUGUGUGAUCUGGUUCACCUUCGAGCUCCUGGUGCGCUUCUUCGCCUGCCCCAGCAAGCCCGAGUUCUCCCGCAACAUCAUGAACAUCAUCGACAUCGUGGCCAUCAUCCCCUACUUCAUCACCCUGGGCACCGAGCUGGCUCAGCACCAGCAGCCCGGGGCCGGCAGUAGCAAUGGGGGUGGGGGCCAGCAGCAAGCCAUGUCCCUGGCCAUCCUCAGAGUCAUCCGCCUAGUCAGAGUCUUCAGGAUCUUCAAGCUCUCCAGACAUUCCAAGGGGCUGCAGAUCUUGGGACAGACUUUGAAAGCCAGCAUGAGAGAGCUGGGCCUCCUCAUCUUCUUCCUCUUCAUCGGGGUGAUCCUCUUCUCCAGCGCUGUCUACUUUGCUGAGGCCGAUGACCCCGAGUCUCAUUUCUCCAGCAUCCCUGAUGCUUUCUGGUGGGCAGUGGUAACCAUGACUACUGUGGGCUAUGGGGACAUGAGACCUGUCACCGUGGGGGGCAAGAUUGUGGGCUCCUUGUGUGCCAUCGCUGGUGUGCUCACCAUUGCCCUCCCUGUCCCUGUCAUCGUGUCCAACUUCAAUUACUUCUACCACCGAGAGACUGACCACGAAGAGCAGGCUAUCCUCAAAGAUGAACACAGUAGUGCUCAGGGCAGCACUGCGGGGGGAGAAGUGAAGAGAAGACCCAGUAACAACUCUCUGAACAAAUCUGUUGUGCACUUGGAAAACAGUGAGGAGUUCAACAGUGGCACCAGCUCCUUAGAGAAAGCCAAUAUCAAAGCAAAAAGUAACGUAGAUCUCAGAAAAUCCCUCUAUGCUCUCUGUCUGGACACCAAUAGGGAAACAGACCUGUGAGGAGAGGAGAGAGUUAGAGUUCAGAGGCGCAGAAGGAUUCUCUGGUGUCAGAAUCUUGAUACUAUAAUUAUUCUUUUAGUACCAAUUAGUUUUUUAAGUCAGGCUGUAUUUUAUAAAUUGAUCACUGUCCUGAGCAGUCCUCCAGGAAUACAUGUUUUUAUGUUCUUUUUCCAUGACACAAAGGGUCACCUAUUUUUAAAAUAGACUAAGAAUAAGCUACGCUCCAUGAUGCAGGAGCUGGUAAAUUAUGACAGUGAAAAAUCUAAUUUGUAGAAACUUAUUUUAGCAAAUGGUCAUUGGUUUUAAAUGGGUAAUUUGUAACCAAUUCAGUUGCUCCAAAUUUAGUAUAAAGAACUGCGGGGAUGUGUGUGUGGAGAGUGAAUGGAUUGGGGAUGGGAGGGGGGAGGUUGAGGGGUUUUGUACUGUAGUUUCAAAUUGAAAUUAUUCAAAUAUAUUUUGUAUCUGUAUGACUGUAUUUAUGGUUGAAAGGAGAUUUCUUAUUCCUGUGAAAUAUGAUAUCAUUAAAGCACUAGGAACAUUAGCAGAUCAGCACUUUCUGAGUUUUCCAUUUGUGAUCAGUACACAUCUGGUUAUCUUGUAUGUGAAGUGAAUUUGGUGCUUUGAACCCUAGAGCAGAAAACUUCUGUUGUCAUUGAUAUGUUAGUUUCUUGUGAGCCUUAAAUUAUUAAAUCUUGUAGAUAUACUUCUUUAUAAAUAAUUUUAUUAAUUACCUUCCUGUUUCAGAAUUUCUAAGUAAUUCAGUCAUGUGCUUACUGGCCCCACUCAAAAAAGUAUGUGCAGCUUUUUUUUUUUUUUUUUUGGUAGUUUUACAGUUUUGUAUCUUUGUUAUAUAUCUGAGACCGAAAGGAAAAAAUACACUGUCUGCUGUUACUGGUUUCAAUCCAGUGCACAACAGAUCAAAAGUGAUCUGAACAGAUUUUCAAGUGCACAACAGAUCGAAAGCACGAGGGAGUGGACAGGCACAACAAGAAAGUAGAAUAUUGAGUGCAAUAUCUGCAAAACUGUUUUCAGUGUACACUCCAGGUUCCUUGGGCAUGUGUAUCAGUCACCUCUAUGUAUCCACACACCAUUUGUGUACACAGUUCACUGGUUUUAGUUACCACAGACUGGGAGUGGAUGGCACUUCAGGAGUUGAACGGUGGCAUGCCGUGCUGCUUAAAUAACCAUUGUGUGGCUUUUCUCUUGGACACGGAUGGAAAGCACCAUCUUUGCAUCAAAACACACACCGGGUUUCUUUUAUUUCCAAACAAAACCUUCUCAGCGCUGUGGAUUUUACAGUUGAGGUGUUGUUGAGAGACGAGUGACACAUUGUCUUCAUCGAGAUCACAGCUUACUCUGAAGACCGACACAAAGUUGCUCCUUUAGCUCAAAGAGAUGUGUUACCAUUUCUCUUGCAAAGGACAUGUCUGUUUCCCCCUCCAACUUCUGUUUUAUUGCUGAAGGAUGUUCCAUGCCUUUCCCACAUCCUGUGGCACAGCAAGAGUAGCAGAAAAGAGAAGGCUUGAUUGUCAACAUUGCUCAAGAGCACACAGUAUCUCUACCAAACCAGUGGUGAGCAGGAAGAACCUCCUGUUUGAAAUCUGAUUUUUACAUUAACCUUAUGAUGCUGUGAAGUCUGACUCAUGGUUGUUGAACACUCAGCCUGUGCUGCUCUCUCUAAAAGCAACCUUAUUUUGAAAGGUGAUAAAUCAAAAGGUAUUUGGGAACAGAAGUGUAUCUGGGGCAUUGCCACAACACAGUAAUCGUCUUUCAAACUGCAGCAGCAUUUGUUGUCCUGAGGUGCUGACUCCAGUGGAAGAGAUUUUAGUGGAAGCUUCUCCUGCAGUGUGCACAGGCUUCAUUUCAGUGUUACCUGGAGAGCCAGAUGGGAGAAAAAAGAAAAAGCAGGAGGCCAGAGGAUCUAAAAGAGCGACCUGGAGCUCCAGCAGGAGCGGUGCUCUCCAGAUGGCUCUCCACGUCUUCCCUAACACACCAGUGAGCCAGGAGACCGAGGCAGAAAUUCCAGUGUGGGGAGGGUGUGAGUCAUGAGAUGACGCUGACCAUUAGGAAGACACUGCUGCAGAGUCUGAAACCAAACCAGCCUAUUCCUUGUUCUCAAGUCAUCUUGGGUUGGAAGCUGCCGAAACACUUCCUUCUGGAUAAAUAACUGUGAUGUCCCCAUCAUCCCCAGAAUUGGAUUUCUUCACUGGGAUUGCUGAAACACUGGUCUGCUCCAAGGUUUCUCUCAUAGAGGAAUUGUUCAGCUCCGCAACAGGAGUGAGAAAAGUUUAAAUGCUUUGGGCUCACUCCCAGGCACAAGACUUAUUAUUUGAGCUUUUGUUUGGAAAUAAAUUGAGUUCUUGUCAGAGAUUUGGCAUCUUCUCCCAUGGUUCUUACAUAUCAAACUUUCUCAUCAUUCUGGAAGAAGAUUCAAGUGUUUGUUCUCUUUCUUUUACUGGCACUCUUCUUUGUUUAUUUAUUUUGUAUUCUUGAGAUGUGCUGCAUCUCUGGAGUUUGUAUUUCUACCUUUAGCGUAAAAACGCUGUACAUACGAGUCUAGAAUGAAUCUGAAGAUUAGUCUAAUUUUUCAUGUGACUUUGACUUGAACAUUUUUCUGUUUAUGUUUAUAUUGCUAUUUCAAAUAUGUGCAUUGCCUGUAUUCUUUAUGCCUUUUCCCCAUCUAUAACUCAAUAAAAUAAUGUCCCCAUUCUGCAGAACCAUA